AAGCGGUUCUAGGCACCGGGCAUAACAUACUAGAAGAACGGAUCUGACCCAUCUGGAAAUCUUCGGUAGAUUUAACGGUGGGACUUGCUGAACUUCCUGCAUCGAUCAACUAUUAUCGUAACGGUUUCGAUCUACCGACUAACUACGACUGCUAGAGUACACCUUCCAGAUCGACGUUGUGUAGCAACGAAAGUAAAAAAACAAAAAACAUUAUUUCCAUAACUGACAGCUGGGAUAUUUUGAAGCAAGACGCUCCAUCGCUACGAGGACAAGCCAGCACCGACGGGAAUACCCUGCAGUAAGCUAAGAUUUAGAGGAAAUACCGGCUACAUGCGCAUCCCUCCACUCCGGUCUGCAGCAGCGACUGUGAGGUUCAGCGCCUGCAUCAUCCGUUCAGUUAAAUUGUAACGGGAUGACGAAGUGAACCAAGCCUCCGGACGCAAAUGACGACAUGACGAAGAAUGAGGAGGGAGACGAGAGGUGACCGCAAUGCUGUGAAGAGAUUCAGUCUAAGGAUUACCUAUUCCUUGUGAUUUAAGGGGACCUUGACAGACGACCCGGCACUCUGCUUGGGUUUGCAUUAAAUAUUCCCCUGACUAUUGGAUACUUCUGUCAUACAGAGGCUAUGGGAACCGCGUGUGGAUUCCGGACUGCGGUUUAAAUGUGCUCGUGGCUCUUUGAAAGCACGGUCGCCAUGGAGCACGACGACGGUAGUGAACCCGAGGCUGCGGAGCCCACGCUCCACGGCAUUCACGGGCCCAACCGGAUCAGACCCUCCUCCUACCGGGCACUGCGGAGCGCAGUGUCGAGCCUUGCGCGCAUCGACGACUUCUGCUGUGAGAAGAUCGGGUCUGGGUUCUUCUCCGAGGUUUUCAAGGUGCAGCACAGGAUCACAGGACAAGUGAUGGCCCUGAAGAUGAACACUCUGGCCAGCAACAAGGCCAACAUGCUGCGGGAGGUGCAGCUUAUGAACCGCCUCUGCCACCCCAAUAUACUCGGGUUCCUAGGAGUGUGUGUUCAUGAGGGACAGCUGCAUGCUCUGACUGAGUAUAUCAAUGGAGGUAACCUGGAGCAGCUUCUGGAAAGUGACCAGUACCUGUCGUGGUCGGUGAGGAUGGGUCUGUCUCAGGACAUCGCCUGCGGCCUGCAGUACCUCCACAGCAAGGGCAUCUUCCACCGUGACCUCACGUCCAAGAACUGCCUCGUGCGCUGUGACAAUGGCCUGUUCACUGCUGUGGUGGGAGACUUUGGUCUAGCGGAGAAGAUCCCUGACUACAGUGAUGGUAGAGAGAAGCAGCCCUUGGCGGUGGUUGGCUCCCCCUACUGGAUGGCCCCGGAAGUGCUGAGGGGAGAGAUCUAUGACGAAAAGGUGGACGUGUUUGCCUAUGGAAUCAUCCUUUGUGAGAUAAUUGCCCGGAUUGAGGCCGACCCAGACUUCCUACCUCGCACUGAGGACUUCGGCCUGGACGUGAAUGCCUUUGAGAACCUGGUCGGUGACUGUCCCACACCCUUCCUCAAUCUGGCAGUCCUCUGCUGCAAUAUGAACGCGAGGAGACGUCCGCCGUUCUCUGAUAUUGUGGUCCUGCUGGACGGGAUGGAGAGAAUAGAGGAGGAGGAGAGCGAGACGCCCGUCACCCCGUGUGAUUAUCUCUCCUCAGAACCCGUCGCCGUCAACGUCAGCCCCUACAAACGUCGGAGCUCUCCGUGCCGCCCCGGCGACCAGCGGUUGUCACGGAGCCAGUCGGACAUGCUUCCCCCGGCCACGCCCCCACUCGGCACCCCGGCUCGGGUCAACCCCUUCUCCUUGCGUCAGGACCUGAAUGGGGGGCGCAUCAAGCUAUACGACACACCCAGCAAGUCUGUCAUCUCCCUGACCUUCACCCUGCCCCAGCAGCCCGACCCUUGUGCCUCUCCGCCCCUCAGGGGGAACCCCAGCUCCCGUGGACCCCCCCGGCGCUGCCAGUCCCUCCCGUGCACCCCCGAGCUGGGGCGCACCCUCGCCCUCCUGCGGGACCCCGAGCUGCAGAGCUUGGAGAAAGAGGACAACGAGGAGGAGGAACGGAGGGAGGAGAGGGGAGUGGACGACAUGGCGGAUGAUUCAGGGCUCCCUCUGGACCUGGAUAUGGUGUCGUUGGAUCCUCUGGAAGAGGAAGAGGAAGAUGAGGAAGGUUUUUGCCUGGGUGAGCCUAUGGACUGCAGCAGGUCUCCCGACACACUAGAGGGCGGUGUCCCUACACCACGCGGACUUCUACACCCUCUCCCGUCUACAUCCUCCUCUUCCUCCCUGUUUCUGCAGCCGAACGGCUGGGGCCUCCCCGUCUCCAACGGCCCUCCCUCUCUCCCCCCUCUCCCCCGCCUGGACAACAAUAACUGCUCUGCGACGGCAGUCAGUGGCCGUCCGAUUGGCUGGAGGGCUAACGGGUACCGCGCCCCCGCCCCAGACGCCCUGGCUGGACCCGCCCCCGAGCAAGACGAGAUCAUUUCCUGUCCGGGCUGCUGUCUAAUUGGUCUGAGCUUUCCGUCCGUGUGCCUGAGGGGGGCUCCGACCCCUCGCCGCGUCGUGCCCCGGCGACCCUACCUGAACCUUAACGGGGGCGCCGGUGACACCUCUGCUGCCACGGCAACCAAGGAACUACUUUGUCGCGGGGCGAAUGGUCUGGCUCCUCAAACAGUGCCUUGUGAGGCCAGCCUGCCCCUACCAGAGGCACAGACUUAGUGGCGGCUCCCCCUAGUGGGUUGGCUGAGCAACACCACCACCACUGGUGACAUUACUGAGACUUGCUGGUACUGUUCAAUGAUGCUAUUGCUAUUUAUUAUUACCAUAAGAAACUGUUUGUGUGUGCGUGCUUGCGUGCGCGUGUCACUUAGGAGGUGUUAGAUAUUGGUGGUGGUGUUGAGUAAAAAGUGAGAAGAAUGGAAAAUGAGAGGCGUUAUUGAUUUGUCCCUAUCUUAAAAUGGCGGUGUCUUGUGGUCCAGCCAUUUGAAUUUGAUAAUUGCAGUGUGUCACUGGGUUUUUCACACACUCGAUUCACUCCGAAUCUUUCUAUUUGAUUACUACAAAUUAUUUUUCACUUGGUGGUGCUUAGGAUUUGUACUGAAUUUGAACAGGUGCUUCUUCUCUCGCUCAAACCUCAGACUUUUCAACGUGAUCCACUAUUCUUGUGUGUGUGUGUGUGUGUGUGUGUGUGUGCGCUCGUGUAACCACAUGAAAACCACAUGAAAUUAUCCUUAUUUAUUGUCCAGAUCAUUCCAUCCGAAGGUUUGUGUGUCUUACGAGAUCAGUGGAGUUUGUUACGAUGUGCAUUAUAAAUUGUUAAUGGUUUGCUGGUCAUUUCCCAGUCUGUGUGUUUGAGAUUACAAAACUGUGUGCAAUAAUGAUGAAGUGAGGUGUACAUCUUUACUAGAGUUUCUUUCUCUCUUUUUUUUUUUUUACACUAUUGAUAUACAUUGCUGCACCCCUGAUUUCAUAGAUCUGCUUGUUGGCCAGCUGGCUGUGUCUGAAAUGUCUCUGUGUUCCCUACUGGUCAGAAAGUAGAACACUACAUGUCAACGCCAUAGCAUGGACCAAAAUAUAUUUGGAAGGUUUACAACACCAUGUAGGUUCUGUGCCCCCAAAGAAUUCUUGCUGUUCUGGAAGCAAGGAGGUCCAUUAUUGGACUUGACAUGUGUACCUAAUAAACUGGCAAUUGUGUGUAUAGGGAAUAUGUUUUAUUUAGGGGGCACAGAAUCUACAAGGUGUUGCAAAUGUUCCAAAUGUAUUUCAGCUGUUUUCCCCUGAGUGUAAUAUGUUUGUCUCCCUCUGCUGGCCUGGAGGACCCAGGCAGAUAACGCGGCGUUGGUUAACAUGGUUGCAGCCCAAUACUCUUAAUACCUUCCUGGCCACGUAUACUUUCCUUUUAAAAGCUAUAACUGAUCUGAUCAGGAAAAACAUUGUUAUAGUUAGUCAUAGACCUGGUAACAACACUUGGGUCAGGAAAAGGUUUAAGGGCUGUACCUAUCAACUGACAUAAUGGGACAUGGUUAUAAAGUUUUGACUCGUUCUAACCUGUUCAUCUAGUGACAUGUAGGAAAGGGAAGAUGUAAGAGUAUUUAGUUGUUGCCAGUCUCACGUAGACGUGCUGUACUGGUCAGAGGGCCUUUUUUAUACUUCACUGUUUAAACCGCAUGAUUGAUGACAUGUUCAACAGUAUCCAUCCAAAGAAUUCCACUGUACAUAGAUGAUGAUGUCAUAAUGACCGCGACUUGAACAUUGAUCUGUGUGUUCAUGGUCGAAGCAGUGUAUUGCAAUGCACUGUAGUGAAAUGCAUGUCUCAUUGUUGAUUCAAACACAUUUUACUUAUAAUACCAAUGGAUAAAAUCUUCCCUGAAAGGAUGUAUUAUGUUGCUAACUACAGAACAUUUCUGCUGGCUAGGAUGUUGGUUAGGCUGUCGCUAGUUGAAAUUAUGUUUUAAUGCGAAGUGUGACUGGUGCUUUCCACAAACAACUCUUCCUCCGUAAACACUUGUAGAGAUCUGUUUGGAUGAGUAAGAAAUGUAGUAUCGGCCCUAACCUGCCACUAUAAUUACGUAUUCCAGUCCAACCCUCUCAGAUCUCCACCAGUGUCUUUAGGAAGAGCUUGGUUACUAGCUGGUUGGCUGGACUUCUUUUUCCUACAAGCACCUUCCUCUUCAUGAAAGGCACUGAUUUGUGUUGUUACUGGUUUGAAAUCACCAGCUUUACUAAAAUGUUUCCGGAUAAUGAUUUAUUUAAUAAAAAUGUUAAUUCAAUAAAAAUUUAACUUUGAAUGUAAUAACUUGUCUUGAUUUGUCACCUACAUUAUCAGGUACUGAUCAGUAACCAAAAAAUAGAUUUCAC